AUGGCUGGUCGUCCCUUACACCAUCAGCCCCCCUUUCGGGCUGAGCAUAUGGGCUCUUUACUUCGACCACAAGACUUGCUUGAUGUGAGAGCUAAAAUCCGAGAUGAAAAUGUUUCACCUGAACAGGCGGGGCUACCGGCGGUCGAGAAGAAGGCCGUCGGUCAAAUCGUCAAAACCCAACUCGACCUUGGCUACAAGGGUGUCUCCAGUGGAGAGUACAACCGGACACGCUUCUGGGGUCUGUUCUGGGAUGAACUCGGUGGCACGAUCCGUCUUCAGGACGCAGAUGCUAGCCUUUUCCGCCUUUACCACCCUGAUGUAGUGAGCCUUAUCGAAAAGGACCGAAAGGUCAUGCCUGGUGACUCUGUCAUUGCUGGUGGAAAGAUCCAUCACAAGGGCACAGAAUCCAACUUGCACGAGCUCCGUUUGGUCCAAUCUUUCGUGCCCAAGGAGGACUGGGGAAACAUCAAGCUCACAAUGAUCACGCCGGCGUGGUUUCAUAUGAGAUACAAGCAGGGCAAGGCAUACACUCCAGAGGCUUAUUCCAGCGAUGCCGAAUAUUUCAAGGAUGUGGCAGCAGCAUACGCUAAGGAGUUGGAGGUACUAUAUGAAGCGGGUCUAAGAAACGUUCAAUUUGACGACCCAGGGCUUGCCUACUUCUGUUCAAAUCAGUUCCGAGAUGGCUGGGCUGCCGACAAAGACAACAUCGGGACAGUCGAUGAGCUUCUUGACGCAUACAUUAAGCUGUACAACGAUUCCUUGGCCCAUAUCCCCAAGGAUCUGCACACCGGUGUGCACCUCUGCAGAGGCAACUUCAUUGGUGGGAGACACUUCGCGGAAGGAGCAUACGAUAUUAUCGCCAGCAAGCUCUUCCAGAACCUCAACGUCGACACAUUUUACCUAGAAUACGAUACGGAACGUGCAGGAGGAUUUGAGCCCCUCAAGUAUCUCCCCAAGAAUAAGAACGUGAUCAUCGGGGCGAUAAGCACCAAGCUAAGGGAGCUGGAGAACAAAGAAGAGGUAAAGAACAGGAUCCGCAAGGCUGCCGACUUCCUGGCAGAGGGAUCUGGCCAGACUCGGCAAGAGGCGCUGAAGCAAAUCGGCCUCAGCCCACAAUGUGGUUUUAGCACCCACGAGUCAGGCUAUCCUCUCAGUGACCAAGACCAGUCCGCAAAGCUAGCGUUGAUUAGACAGAUCGCAGAUGAGAUCUGGGGCGAGCCAUAA